GCUGAGCGAGCUCAGUCGCCGGGUAGCGGCCGCCGCGCUCGGAGUGUCACUGUCGCCACCAGCCCCAGCUCUCGUCCCGCCGCUGACCAUGCUGGACCACGAGGGCGGCUGGAGCGUGUCCUUCGCCGGCUGCGGCUUCCUGGGCGUCUACCACAUCGGCGCCGCCACCUGCCUCCAGGAGCGCGCCCCGCACGUCAUCCGCGACGCGCGACACAUCUACGGCGCCUCCGCCGGGGCGCUCGCYGGCGCUGUCCUCGUCGGCGGCGGCUCUCUGGCUCAGGCUUGUGCAGAUGUUCUGGCAUUAGCCAAAGAAGCUAGAAAGCGAAAUCUUGGUCCUCUUCAUCCUUCCUUCAAUGUGAUAAAGAUAAUAAGAGAUGGAUUGAUGAGAAAUCUUCCAGAAAACACACACCAGUUGUCAUCAGGCAGACUGUGUAUUUCACUAACCAGAGUAUCAGAUGGUAAAAAUGCCUUGAUAUCUAAUUUUAAUUCUAAAGAAGAAGUUAUACAGGCAUUAAUCUGUAGUUCAUUUGUCCCUAUUUAUUGUGGCCUCAUUCCACCAUCAUUUAGAGGUGUGCGCUAUGUGGAYGGAGGAAUCAGUGACAACUUGCCUCACUAUGAGUGUAAGAACACCAUCACAGUGUCCCCUUUYGCUGGGGAGUGUGACAUCUGUCCCAAGGGGAAGUCAGCCAAUUUCCAUGAGAUGAACGUGACCAACACCAGCAUUCAGUUCAGCCUGGGGAACCUUUAUCGCYUAACACAAGCACUCUUUCCACCAGAACCCAAGGUGCUUGGAGAGAUCUGUGAGCAAGGAUACUUGGAUGCUCUUAAAUUCCUGAAAGAGAAUGGUAUUCUGAAUGACUCAAUUUAUAUCCACUUGUCCUUCACAAAAAGAAAUCCUCACGAGGCUGCACAACAACAUAUUGACCAUGUGAAGAAAAGGAAAUUGACAGAAAAUAACAAAGUAGAAACAUUGAAAAUGACCAGCUUAAAUGACCAGCUAAUGCAAAAUCCAUGGCCUUUGGAGAAGAGCAUAUUUGAGAGUCUACCUCCCAGACUUCGUAAAGCACUGCAAGAAGCUUGUAAAGARCAGAAUGGAUUCUAUGCCCAGUUCUCUAAACUCUUCCCAAUGCGGGUGAUAUCCUACCUGAUGCUGCCAUACACACUCCCAGUGGAGUCUGCUUACUCRGUUGCUUUACGGUUGGUAAACUGGUUUCCUGACAUGCCUGCUGAUGUUCGAUGGAUGCAGGAACAGCUAUUUCGGCUUGCUGCCACCGUUUAUUCCCAGGCUAAAAACAAGCUGUUCUGUACAGCCAGCAGGAAAGAUAAUUAUGCGUCACUAAGAAAAUGUCAAACUGUCCCAUCUACUGUGGAAUUUCAUUCUUCAUACUGCCACCUUAAAAUGCCUCACUCUUCUGCACACAUUGAGAGCUGGCUCUGGGAAUCUUCAUGCUUCAUGAACUCAGCUAUGARAACUGCAUCUGCUGAUAUACAGGAGCAGUCAGACUUAAAGUCCUAUCCUAAUUUUCUUCCAAAUCCUGAUGAGUCUGCGUUGGAAAUAGAUGUUGACUCUUCCUCAGAGACAAGUUUCCAAACUGCUCCAGAGUGUUAAUUYGGAAGUAGGUUCCACAGAUUUAAAAAUUGAAAUUUGGCAGAGAAACUUAAAUCCUAGACUAGGGAUCACUGUUCAUUGCCAAUGAGUCUUGGAAGAUUACUUGUUUACAGCUUCCUAACAAAUCUGCCUUGGGAAUUUUACUGUUUUAAGGAUUAUAAAAACAGUUGCUGCUAUACAAAGUACCAGACUAUAACUCUGUCGAAGCACCAGCUCAAUCAACUGUACUAAGACUGGUAGUUAAAAAGUGUCUCUCUGGAAAUACAUUUUUUUAAUUACUUUCARCAUAAAAAUGUAAAUUCUGUAAACAGAUUGUUAGACAAACAAGCAUAGAUCAUAAAAUGUUUUAAAAAAUUUAACAAUAUUACGUGUUAGGACGUAAAUUUUAUAGCACUUAAAUGAAAUUGGACUUUUACUCCCUUAAGGGAAAUACACAAAUGAGCUGCUUAGUGGCCUCCAGUGUCCGUUUGCCUUAUAUUUAAACWUACUAUUGUGGUUAUGGAAAGUCGUCUGCACAAGAUACUGUAGGAACAGUAUUACUCUAGGUUGUUGUAUGUAUUCUGCAGUUCAUAUUACCUUUCCUGUGUGUCUCUUUCUUUCUUGAAAUACUUCAAGUGAAGAAGACAUGAGAAAUGGGGCACAUUCCCCUGAAGUGUAAACAAUUACAAUUUCAGUGAUUUCAGAGGACUUUUUUUUGAGCUUAAUAUAAAGGCUUAAUAUUUGAUCAAGUACUGAAAAGUAGGUAAAAUAGUGACUGUGAUUAGUAGCAAACAGUAUGUGGAGAUGGUGUUAAACUUUAUAGAGGAUAUUAACAAAAAUCAAUGUAUAGCAAGUGGUGGAUAAUGUUUAGGUUGUUUCUCUAAAUGUUGCCCCAUCAUUCUUGAUUUUUUCCCCUCCAAUUUGAGAGAUUUUCCUUCUUUCACCUCCCACCUGCUAAAGGAAGAAAAAGAACUGUGUCCCUCCUGCCUCAAUGAAAUAGGAUAACCCAAAGGAAGUUUCCUAAGAUCAUCAGGAGCAGCAAAUGUGUAAGACUUGGGGGAGUAUCAAUAUCCAGGGAGCUCUGCAAAGGUCUUAUAGUAGGUUGAAAACUCAGCCAAAUCAUACCUCUGUUGACUGAUGGCAGCUUAAACCAUUUCCACUACAAAAGUUCUGCAUGAUUUUAAAAAGACAAUGCAUUAGUGUAUGAAUGCAUCUGGGAAGGAAAGAGAUGUUAGGAUUAACUACUGUUCUGGUAGUUUAUCAAGUCUUAUACAAUUUUUAAUAGAAAAAAACAAUAAUGGCUUUGAGUUUGAUUAGCAUGCAUGUUUGGGAGGAGGCUGUGGCCUUGGGAAGCUUCUUGUUCAAGAGUGUGAAUUCUCUGCAACUCGGGUGCAGCCCAGGGAGGAGCUUCUUGAGGGCCUCCUGUCCAGGGAAAGUGGUUCAAUUGUGAUGCUCAGGAUCUGGGACAUGGCRUGUGAGCUUUGGUCUCCAGAGGCCUGUCUUAGUAGCAAAGUGUGGCACUCUAAUUGGGCCAGCCUUUAAAACCGUUGUGAUUUCCCUGAGCYUGAAGUGCUGCAUUUUAUAUCCAAACUGAUUUUGAGCUGGGGAGGAAGUGCUGAGCUGUCCAUUUCUGUACUUUAGAAACCUGGUGCUAUUUCACUUCAACUCUUCUGUUCAUUUCUUGGAUGUGUAUACCCUCAACUUUCCAACUUGCAAAAAAAGUUGGAACUCUAACUACAAUUAAAGUAUACAAGUUCUGUUUAAAAUUGUCUUCAUUCAUUAGUUUAUCAGUUUGUGUUAGAAUCGAAGCAGGAGUGUCAGGUUUUGCUUCUGGUCUGUGUUGGAAUAUUUCUAUUAACUGCAUUUAAAUCAAUCUUAACCACUUUUGCUGUUGCCACAGCUCCCAUUUUGUCUCCUUUUUCUAAAAUAAAAAUACAAUCUCUUCUGUUACCAUGCUUUCUAAGCUUCCUUGAGUGUAAUUCACCCUAGUGCAAGUUAAAUCACAAUGUGUUGAUGUCACUGAACAUUCAGGCAUCUUGAUUGUUCUGAGGUGGUUUUUUUUUAAGAAUUACUAUGAAGCUUGAAAGRUACUUGUUCAUGUUCCAGCURGACCUGAAYGUCACCUUAAUUUAAAGUUUGGGGUGGGGUUGGUUUGGUUUGRUUUCUUUGUUUCUUUGUGGGUUUUGAUGGGUGUUUUAUGUUUGGUUGGUUGGUUUUUGCAAAUAAUAAUUUUACAAAUAGCUAGUUGCAUUUAAAUAGAAAUAAUUAAAAUUAACAGAGAAAUCUGCAUCUGGAGGGAGAAAACAAAGGGUGCAUUCUUUCUGAGCUAAACCUAACCAGAUAACUAAAUAUAAAUAAUAUAUAGUAUUAUAAUAAUGUGAAAUAAUUUGUU